AUGAAGUUCUAUAUUGAUGAUCUACCUGUGUUGUUUCCUUAUCCAAGGAUAUAUCCAGAGCAGUAUGCUUAUAUGAGUGAUAUCAAAAAGACUCUUGAUGUUGGUGGGAACUGUAUUCUAGAGAUGCCUUCAGGUACGGGCAAAACCAUCUCAUUAUUAUCAUUAACCGUUGCAUAUCAAAUGCACUAUCCAGAACAUAGAAAGAUUGUAUAUUGCUCACGUACAAUGUCCGAGAUUGAAAAGGCUUUGAUUGAGUUGCACAAAUUGAUGGAGUUUAGAGCAAGUGAAUUGGGGUACGUUGAGGAUUUCCGUGGAUUGGGAUUAACAAGUAGAAAGAAUCUUUGUUUGAAUCCAUUGAUAUCGAGGGAAAAGAAAGGUAACGUUGUUGAUGAAAUGUGUCGACGCGUUACUAAUGGACAAUUAAAGGAAAAGAUUGAAAAGGGUGUUGUUACUGAAGAAGAUCAAAUACAGGAUCCUGCAAAAUAUAGCCUAUGUUCAUUUCAUGAAAAAUUGUACGAUUUAGACCCUCAUGACCUUAUUCCACAAGGUGUUUAUUCAUUUGACGCGUUGAUUAGGUAUUGCAAAGAGAUGGGCACGUGUCCGUACUUUACUGCGCGUAGAAUGAUUCCAUUUUGCAAUAUAAUUAUUUAUUCAUAUCAUUAUUUAUUGGAUCCAAAGAUUGCUGACCGUGUGUCACGGGAGUUAUCUAAGGAUAGUAUAAUCAUUUUCGACGAGGCGCACAAUAUCGAUAACGUUUGUAUUGAGUCUUUGUCAUUGGAUUUGACUGAAGAUGUAUUGAAACGAGCCACACGAGGAGCAAACAAGUUGGCAGAUGCAGUUGAAGACAUGAAGGCACAGGAUAGCGAAAAGCUACAAAAUGAGUAUGAGCAAUUGGUGGAAGGGUUGCGUCAAGCUGAGGUUGAACGAGAGCAAGAGAUGUUUAUGUCAAAUCCAAUCCUACCGCAAGAUUUAUUGGAUGAAGCAAUACCGGGAAAUAUUAGAAAAGGUGAACAUUUUGUGGCAUUUUUGAAACGGUUUAUCGAGUAUUUAAAAACAAGGAUGAAGGUUUUGCAUGUUAUUAGUGAGACUCCAACUAGUUUUUUGCAACAUUUGAAGGAGUUGACUUACAUUGAUAAAAAACCAUUGAAGUUUUGUUCUGAAAGGUUAUCGUUAUUGGUAAAGACUUUGGAGCUUACCGAGAUUGAAGAUUUCAAUGCCUUGAAGGAUAUUGCUACGUUUGCCACUUUGGUGUCUACAUAUGAUACUGGGUUCCAAUUGAUUUUAGAGCCAUUCGAAACGGAGGGAAGUACAGUGCCCAAUCCCAUGCUACAUUUUACUUGUCUUGAUGCAUCUAUUGCGAUCAAACCGGUAUUUGAAAGGUUUUCGUCGGUGAUUAUCACCUCGGGUACCAUUUCCCCCUUGGAUAUGUAUCCGAAAAUGCUAAAUUUUCAAACCGUGAUACAAGAGUCAUAUGCAAUGACAUUGGCUAGAAGGUCUUUUUUGCCAAUGAUCGUAACUAAGGGAUCCGAUCAGGUGUCUAUAUCUUCCAGGUUUGAAAUUCGAAAUGAUCCUUCAGUGGUGAGAAACUAUGGCUCGCUUUUGAUUGAAUUUGCCAAAAUCACUCCUGAUGGUAUGGUGGUUUUUUUCCCAUCGUAUCUCUACAUGGAGUCCAUCAUUUCCAUGUGGCAAACCAUGGGUGUUUUGGACGAGGUGUGGAAGCAUAAACUUAUCUUGGUCGAAACUCCUGAUGCACAGGAAACUUCGUUGGCGUUGGAAACGUAUAGGAAAGCUUGCUCAAAUGGUAGAGGUGCUGUUUUGUUAUCCGUUGCGCGUGGAAAAGUUUCUGAAGGAAUUGAUUUUGAUCAUCAUUAUGGAAGAACAGUAUUGAUGAUUGGUAUUCCAUUCCAAUAUACUGAAUCGAGGAUUUUAAAAGCGAGGUUGGAGUUUAUGAGGGACCAUUUUCAAAUCAAAGAGAAUGAUUUCCUUUCUUUCGAUGCUAUGCGACAUGCUGCACAAUGUUUGGGGAGAGUUUUGCGAGGUAAGGAUGAUUAUGGUAUUAUGGUGUUGGCUGAUCGACGGUUUGCGAGAAAGAAGGCUCAAUUGCCGAAAUGGAUUGCUCAAGCGUUGAAUGAUUCCGACACGAACUUGUCUACUGAUAUGGCAUUGGCUACUGCCAAGAAGUUUUUGCGGAGUUUGGCACAGCCAACUAAUCCAAAGGAUCAGGAGGGUGUGUCGGUGUGGGAUAUUGAUCAGCUUGAGGCAUAUCAAAAACAGUAUAAUCAAGGGUGCGUGAAGGAUAAGGAGGAGACCGAAAAGAAUGGGAAGAUUGAAGAAAUGGGUGAAGAAUUUAUGGAUAUAGAUGAUGAGGAUAUAGAUUUGUUGUAA